GUUCAACAAUUCGUCAUUUACUCAUAAACAUAGGGAAUAUAUUGACCAAGAUGACCCAUCACAGGAGAAGAAAGAGAUGAAGAUCCUUAGCAGACUUGGAGAAGGCGGUCAGGCGAAAGUAUUCAAGGUUGAAAUCAACGAAAAACUCUACGCCCUCAAGAUGUAUAAGAAACCAAAUUAUUACGCCACCGAAAGAAAAGUUUAUAAAAAGAUUUACUCUGAUGACGACUCUGAUGAGAUCCAGUUCUUCCCGAAGGAUAUCAAGUAUAUAAAAAUUGAAGGCAGUAAUGGUAUCUGAAUGUCACUGUGCAAGUAUACCCUGAAGGAGAUGUUCGAGAAGCUUGAGUGGCAAAUAAGUGAGGAAUUCAUUGGCAGUCUUGCCAUUAACUUAAUCGAUGCACUUGAAAUCCUUCAUUUAAAAGAUAUUAUUCAUUGUGAUAUCAAGCCUGAAAAUAUUAUGUUCACCGAGGAUGGAACGCCUCAGCUGCUUGAUUUUUCUUACUGAAAGUUUGUUGGGAAGAAAGAUCAAGAUGAUCCAUUCCCAGGUGGACUAAAAUUCGUUGGAACCAUUUUCUUUUCCGCCAGAAUGGAACAAGACAACAAAGCAGGCAAACUAGUCUUCAGUUGUUCCCCAAAGCAUGAUCUAGAGUCUUUAAUUUACCUUCUCACAACUGAGCUAGGGUUUAAACUUCCUUGGGACUCAGAAGUUGUGGAGGAGUGUUUCAGCGAAGUCAAUGACUUCAUUGAAUUCAAGUCCAGAGUCACUGACAAGCAGAUCAUCAACUGUCUGCCUGAAAUACUUGUUGAUCCUUUCAAGAAGAUAAUGUCAUACGCAAAUGAUGAGCUCAUAAAUUAUCAAGAUAUUAGAGAUUGUUUCAAAUUUGAUGUGGAAUGUUCACCUAAAAUUGACCUCAAGCAAGACCAUGUCAGAUUAAAUUCAAGCAAGUUAUGCCCUGUUUUACUCAAGACAAGCUCGAUUGUAGAUGAUUGAGAGCCAGAGAGUCCUUUAUGUAUUGUCCAAGAUGAUGACUCCUGCCAUGCCCAGGGACUUGAAAGAUAUUCAACAUUUACAAGUCAUUUAGAGACAUCAAUGAAUAUAUCGCAGAAAUAAGAUAAAUACCUCUUCAGGACUUAGAAACCCUUUCGACGAGCCUAACCCACCCAAAAUGGAAUGUAGGAAUCCUGAAUUAGAAGACUCAAUUGAGAUCCUUAAAUCUGAUGGAAAAAUAUUUGAGGAUUCAAAGCUCGGAAAAAUUGCUCUCCACAAAUCAAUCAGUGAUGUGGUGAAAAAGACGCCUAUCUUCAUUGACGAAGAUGAUAACAUAGACCUCACAGCUGCUGAAUUAUCCGAGUACGAGUUUGAUUCCAUCACAAAAUCACUGAUGAGGCCGAAGCCCAUGAUUGCCCGUCCAAGUGUCCAUGAGUAGCCCUCCAAGAAGGAUUUAGAGUUGUAUUUCCAAUCUUUAAAUUAUUCCUAAACAACUGAUUCUUUCAAAUAAUAUCAAAAUGUUGUGUUU